GAUCCUUCCAAUAUCAAACUAAAAUAUGAAUGAUGAACAAGAAGAAGGAUCAUCAGCAUCCUCAACAUCUUCAUCGACUCGACUACCUAUAAGCACAGGGCCUGAAAAUUUUAAGUAUUCGUUCUCUUCAUUUCCAUCGUCUUCGCCUGCACUUUUGUCACCAGGAUCAUCCAAUUCGUCCACUGAAAAACUCUUCAAUUCUUCGAAAACUCGAGAAACAGCUGCUCUGUUAAGGUUCUCCUUGGAACAUUCUAGGCCUACAGAUGAUUCUUCUUCUGAUUCUUCGUGCUGUCUUAUGGAACUGUUGCAAUGGUUUAUACGUGGAUGUUGUUGUUGCUGUGCUUGGAACCUUAACACGCCAUCAAAACUGCACUGAACUUUGAACAUAAAAGACUGGGUCGACUAUAUGAACCAAUAUAUCAGCUACAAUGGUUGUCCACACAGAUUCGUUUUCUCCAUUCAUUAUGAUUUUCUGUAAUUACCAGUUAUGGAAGAAAAAUCAUAUUCCCUCAUUCCCUCCCUGUGUGUCGUCUUCAAUGCACUCAUUCAAGCUUUAAAUAUUUAAUAUAAUUAAAAUUAUUAAAAAGUUGAUAUUGAUAAUCUUUAAUUCAUUGAAUCAAAUAAAAUUACACUUGACUAUGUUUGUUGAUCCAUCUAAGCAUUUGUAUUUUUGCUAUUUUCAUAUUUUUACAAUUAUCUUUUUUAAAAGAUUACACUUGAAUUCUCAUUUUCCAAUCAUUUAAAAAUCUAUCAUCUCAACACAUAAAUCUUAAUCUCUCAUUGUUUUCAACUCCUACCAAAAGGUCAUCUUUGAUUUUUGUCAAUCCUUUUGAAUUUUCUAAACUCAAACCUUCUAUUUCCUUGUUGGUUCAUGUUGUUGCACAUGCCUAAGAAGUAUUAAAGGAUUCUGUUUUUAUCUUCUCACCCCUAAACUAUUGCUUAUGUAAUCCUUUUAAAUUAUAUCCCUCAAUGCAUGUUUAUUGAUCCAUCUAAGCAUAAUUUAUAUUUUUACUACUUUUAUAUUUCUACAAUAAUCCUUUUUAAAAGCCAAAUGUUCUACUCUUAUUGAGUGAAGAAAGCUUCAUGAUCUACAAGAGAAUACACAAUGAAACCAUUACUAUAGUUAGUAUAAAAACCCUUGAAUAUAAGACAAAAAAGAUAUAGUUAGGGAAAAACUAGCUGAUUAUUAUCAGUGAUAGCCCCCAUCAUUCGCCCAAUCCCACAUCGGAAAAAUGGAUGAGUAUAGAGACCUUAAUAUAGCUAGACUUGCGAUUGAAGAAUUGCCGUGCUCAGUAACGAGAGCAUAUGACCUAAGUAGGGGCAAUAAAGUGAAUGGACAGCUUUGAAUAGACUUGAAUAAGUGCGAGGUUGAGGUCAAUUUGUAAGGAAGGGAUUGGCUUGCAUAUGAUGCAAUACAGGACUGCUGGCUUACCAGAGCAGCAGGCUUAGCUACAACACCGUCGGCUCUCAAUGGCUGUAGGAUGCGCUUAGCGCAAGAAGUAGUGAGGUUCCAUCCGGUUUAGAAAUUACUGCGACCUGCACUAAUCCAAGUCCCGUUCAAAUGGACUUUCACUUUUUCAUUUUCACAUCAUUUUUUCCAAAAACCUAUCGCAAGUACAAUUCAAUUAAAACUAUAUAUUUUUUUGGUUAGAUUUGAUUCUUGGUGUCCUUUUUUUAUUUUUAAAGUAUUUUCCUUCCUUCGAAUUACUCUGUGUUGAAAGUAAUGUUUCCUCUGUUCAAAAAUAGUUGCUACAUAAGUUCAUUAUUCAAACUUAUUUCAUGUAUUGCGGUUAAUAUGUACAAAAAAUAUAGUCAAGUGAGAUUUUGUUU